ACAGGAGAGUAACUGAAGGACGCUGGUCAAGAUGACUUCCGAAGAAAUGGCAGCUUCUGUCCUCAACCCUGUGACUCAGAGGAAAGUGGCCUCUGUCCAGUCAGCAGUGGCAGAGGACAAGAGUGAAAAGGUCUCAGAAGAUACCGGUGUUCCAAAGGCAUGUGCUGUCAGGCACAGCGGCCAGAUCCCUAAUACCAUCUCACAGUGGGGCAAACCUGAGGCCCAGCCUUCCAGAAGUGACUUCUCUCAGUUCCUCCCAAGAGCAAGUGGAGGAGUAAUGAGUGAUGAGAACCACAAUGAAAAGUGCUGGGAGAAAAACCUACCAGAUUCUGUGAAAAACCACGCCGUUAACUGCAACAGCCUCUUGCAAAGCCACCAGUGUGACCUUCCUCAGAGCCAGCUUUGUGUAGCCUGUGACUCCGUCACAGGAGAGGACCUGUGUUUGCCAACUGGAAUUUCUUCUCCACUGGAAAGGGAGGCGUUCCCUGGAAUUCAACUGGAGAUGGAUGCUCCUCCCAUGGAUGUAAGCCCUUUGGGAAAGGAGACUGGAAUGACAGGGGCCAGCGGACCUCACCCCGACAGCAACAAGGCAGUAUUUCAUUUCCGUUAUGAAGCUGACAGAACAAUGUCAGACGCUUUCCACACCCUGUCAGAAAAACUAAUUUUGGAUGACUGUGCAAAUUGUGUGACUCUCCCCGGGCAGCAACAGAAGAAAAAUCACAUGGCGUAUACUUAUAAACUAGCGGGACUGACAAGAAACUGUGGCAUCGAGGAUGGGCAGUGGCAGUGUGAUCAUUGCAGCUCACUGCAUAACAAAUACCUGUGCUUUGACAGUUCCUGCCAGCAGGCUGAUGACCUGGUCUGCUCAAGUGGUAGAGUUUGCAGGGAGGGCCUCACUCACAGUCUACCUGCAAAGGCUUUUCUGAGCCCUUUGGAGGAUUUCUCUGACAGUUGUGAAGAUGGAGACGAGUUUUUUAAAAGCAAAAAGGAGCGGUCCACCUUGUUAGUCAGAAGGUUUUGUAAAAAUGACAGGGAAGUUAAGAAGUCUGUAUAUACUGGGACUAGAGCAAUCAUGAGGACACUGCCUUCUGGCCAUAUUGGGACAGCUGCUUGGAACCAUGUUGUUCAGAGGAGAGUGAGGCUCUUAGGACCUUGUGGAGAUGUAAUGGAAUCUCUGUCAACAAUGGAUGGAAGGCCACGUGGGAGCCAACGUCUACCUGAGGCCCAGUGGUGUCUGAUCUACAGUGCAGUGAGAAGAGGAGACGAAACAGAAGAUACGGUUGGAUCUCUUCUCCAUUGCUCCAGACAGCUUCCAACCUCUGAGACAGCCUGUGGAAGGAUUAGAGACGGCCCAUGCUUAUGGCAAUGUGUACGAGACACCGAAUGUGAGUACCGGGCCACCCUCCAAAGGACAUCCAUAGCUCAGUACAUCACUGGUUCUCUCCUGGAGGCAACCACCUCUUUAGGAGCAAGAAGCGGCCUUCUCAGUACCUUCGGAGGAUCCACUGGACGAAUAAUGCUGAAAGAACGCCAACCAGGCACCUCUAUGGCCAAUUCCAAUACUGUUCCUUCAAGUUCAGCUGGGAUCAGCAAGGAGCUGAUUGACCUCCAGCCCUUCAUUCAGUUCCCGGAGGAAGUGGCCAGCAUCCUGACAGAGCAGGAGCAGAACAUUUACCGAAGGGUCCUGCCCAUGGACUACCUUUGUUUCUUAACCCGGGACUUGAGUUCCCCUGAAUGCCAGAGUUCCCUGCCCCAUCUCAAAGCGUCCAUCUCAGCAUCAAUCCUCACUUCUCAGAAUGGAGAGCAUAAUGCCCUUGAAGACCUUGUGAUGAGAUUUAAUGAGGUGAGCUCCUGGGUAACAUGGCUGGUCCUCACAGCAGGCUCCAUGGAGGAAAAGCGAGAAGUCUUCUCAUACUUGGUGCACGUGGCCAAAUGCUGCUGGAACAUGGGCAACUACAACGCUGUCAUGGAGUUCCUGGCUGGCCUCAGGUCAAGGAAAGUUCUAAAGAUGUGGCAGUUCAUGGAUCAGUCUGACAUAGAGACGAUGAGGAGCCUGAAGGAUGUCAUGGCUCAGCACGAGUCCUCCCUGGAGUACAAGAAGGUGGUGACUCGGGCCCUGCACAUCCCGGGCUGCAAGGUGGUCCCCUUCUGUGGCGUCUUCCUGAAGGAGCUCUGUGAGGUGCUUGAUGGCACCUCUGGCCUGCUGAAACUCUGUCCGCGGUACAGCUCCCAGGAAGCAGCUCUGGAGUUUGUGGCUGAUUACAGUGGACAAGAUAACUUCUUGCAGCGAGUGGGACAGAACGGCUUGAAGAACUCAGAGAAGGAGUCCACGGUCAACAGCAUCUUUCAGAUCAUCCGGAGCUGCAGUCGAAGCUUGGAGAUGGAGGAGGAGGACAGCUCCAGUGAAGGGACCGGCUCCAGGAAAAACUCCUUGAAGGAUAAAACCCGAUGGCAGUUUAUAAUUGGAGAUUUGCUGGAUUCAGAAAAUGACAUCUUUGAGAAGUCCAAAGAAUGUGACCUUCAUGGAUCAGAGGAGACACAGAAGGCCUUUGAGCAUGGGACAGAGCUCAUCCCAUGGUACGUGCUGUCCAUCCAAGCUGAUGUGCACCAGUUCCUAUUGCAGGGGGCCACAGUCAUCCACUACGACCAGGACACACAUCUCUCUGCCCGCUGCUUUCUCCAGUUACAGCCUGACAAUAGCACCUUGACCUGGAUGAAGCCUCCCACCGCCUCCCCAGCUGGUGCCAGACCCAAGCUUGGUAUGCUUAGUAACAUGUCUGAACCUGGCAAGUUCCCAUCACUGGGCAAUGCUGGGCUGAGUGGCCUGGCCGAGGGUAUCCUGGAUCUGUUCUCAGUAAAGGCUGUAUACAUGGGACACCCAGGCAUUGAUAUACACACUGUGUGUGUUCAGAACAAACUGGGUAGCCUGCUUCUCCCAGAGACUGGGGUAACACUGCUCUACGGACUCCAGACCACUGACAAUAGACUCUUGCACUUUGUGGCGCCCAAGCACACAGCUAAAAUGAUUUUCAGUGGACUGCUGGAACUCACGACAGCUGUGAGAAAGAUAAAGAAGUUCCCUGACCAAAGACAACAGUGGCUUCGGAAACAGUAUGUCAGCCUCUAUCAGGAAGAUGGUCGGUAUGAAGGCCCAACCUUGGCUCAUGCCGUGGAGUUGUUUGGUGGCAGACGAUGGAGCGCUAGAAACCCCAGCCCUGGGAUGUCAGCAAAGAACGCUGAGAAGCCUAGCAUGCAGAGAAACAACACCCUGGGCAUAAGCACCACCAAGAAAAAGAAGAAAAUGCUCAUGAGGGGAGAGAGUGGAGAGGCGACUGACGACGAGACGGCGACCCGCAAGGCCAAAAUGUACAGAGAGUGUCGCAGCCGGAGUGGUUCUGAUCCUCAGGACGUUAACGAACAAGAAGACUCAGAAGCCAAUGUCAUCACCAACCCUCCCAAUCCCCCCCAUUCCAGAAGAGCUCACUCUUUGACCACGGCUGGGUCCCCCAACUUGGCUACGGGGAUGUCAUCUCCCAUCAGUGCCUGGAGCAGCAGCAGCUGGCAUGGGCGGAUCAAAGGAGGAAUGAAGGGCUUCCAGAGCUUCAUGGUUUCAGACAGCAACAUGAGUUUCAUUGAAUUUGUCGAGCUGUUCAAAUCAUUCAGCGUCAGGAGCCGCAAGGACCUGAAGGACAUCUUUGACAUCUACUCUGUACCCUGCAAUCGGUCUGCCUCUGAGUCAGCCCCCCUGUACACCAACCUGACCAUUGAAGAAAACGCCAGUGACCUUCAGCCUGACCUAGAUUUGCUGACCAGAAACGUCUCAGACUUGGGGCUGUUCAUUAAGAGUAAACAACAGCUUUCUGACAACCAGAGGCAGAUAUCUGAUGCUAUUGCAGCAGCGAGCAUUGUGACUAAUGGCACUGGGAUUGAGAGCACAUCCCUGGGCAUAUUCGGGGUUGGCAUACUCCAGCUCAAUGACUUCCUGGUGAAUUGCCAAGGAGAGCACUGCACGUAUGAUGAAAUUCUCAGCAUCAUCCAGAAAUUCGAGCCUAGCGUCAGUAUGUGUCACCAGGGCCUAAUGUCGUUUGAAGGGUUUGCAAGGUUUCUGAUGGAUAAAGAUAAUUUCGCCUCCAAAAAUGAUGAGUCACAGGAGAACAAGAAAGAACUUCAACUGCCCCUCUCCUACUAUUACAUUGAAUCUUCACACAAUACCUACCUCACAGGCCAUCAGCUCAAGGGAGAAUCCUCUGUGGAACUGUACAGCCAGGUCCUCUUGCAAGGAUGCAGGAGCAUAGAGCUGGACUGCUGGGACGGAGAUGACGGCAUGCCCAUUAUUUAUCAUGGACACACACUGACGACCAAGAUCCCCUUCAAGGAAGUGGUGGAAGCCAUCGAUCGCAGUGCCUUCAUUACCUCUGACCUGCCAAUCAUCAUAUCCAUUGAGAACCACUGUUCAUUGCCUCAACAACGAAAAAUGGCAGACAUUUUCAAGAGUGUGUUUGGAGAAAAGCUGGUGGCUAAAUUCUUAUUCGAGACAGAUUUUUCGGAUGAUCCAAUGCUUCCCUCACCUGACCAACUUAGGAGGAAAGUGCUUCUUAAAAACAAGAAGCUAAAGGCCCAUCAGACGCCAGUCGACAUCCUGAAACAAAAGGCUCAUCAGUUAGCAUCCAUGCACGCACAGGCUUUCACUGGUGGGAAUGCCAACCCCCCGCCUGCCAGUAAUGAGGAAGAGGACGAUGAAGAGGAUGAAUAUGAUUAUGAUUAUGAAUCCCUUUCCGAUGCAGAUGUCCUUACUGCUUCCCCUCUUCCUAACAGUCAGGAAGACAAUAUUCUGGAAGACAAGCCUGAAAACAAAUCCUGUGCAGACAAGCUUCAGUUUGAGUACAAUGAAGAAAUCCCCAAGAGGAUAAAGAAAGCAGAUAACUCUUCUUGCAAUAAGGGAAAGGUGUAUGACAUGGAGCUGGGGGAGGAGUUUUACCUCCCUCAAAACAAAAAGGAAAGCAGACAGAUUGCGCCAGAACUCUCUGACCUCAUCAUCUACUGCCAGGCAGUAAAAUUUCCAGGCCUGUCGACUCUAAAUUCAUCUGGCUCUAGCAGAGGGAAAGAAAGGAAAAGCAGGAAGUCCAUUUUUGGCAACAAUCCUGGCAGAAUGAGCCCAGGAGAGGCAGCAUCCUUCAACAGAACAUCUGGAAAAAGUUCCUAUGAAGGAAUUCGGCAAACCUGGGAGGAAUCGUGUUCUCCAGUCAGCCCGAGCACAUCCCUCAGCGCUAUCAUUAGAACUCCCAAAUGCUAUCAUAUCUCCUCACUGAAUGAAAAUGCCGCCAAACGUCUGUGUCGCAGGUAUUCUCAGAAACUGAUCCAGCACACCGCUUGUCAGCUACUGAGGACCUACCCGGCGGCGACCCGAAUCGACUCAUCCAAUCCCAAUCCCCUCAUGUUCUGGCUCCACGGGAUACAGCUUGUAGCCCUCAACUACCAGACGGAUGAUCUUCCUUUACAUUUAAAUGCUGCAAUGUUUGAGGCAAAUGGUGGCUGUGGUUAUGUUUUGAAGCCCCCUGUCCUGUGGGAUAAAAGCUGCCCCAUGUACCAAAAGUUUUCUCCACUGGAAAGAGACCUAGACAACAUGGACCCUGCUAUCUAUUCUUUAACUAUCAUCUCUGGCCAAAAUGUGUGCCCCAGUAACAGCACCGGAAGCCCGUGCAUUGAGGUUGAUGUCUUGGGCAUGCCCCUGGACAGCUGCCAUUUCCGCACAAAGCCCAUCCAUCGAAACACUCUGAACCCCAUGUGGAACGAACAGUUUCUCUUCCGGGUUCACUUUGAAGAUCUUGUAUUCCUUCGUUUUGCAGUUGUGGAAAACAACAGUUCGGCAAUAAUGGCUCAGAGAAUCAUUCCACUCAAAGCUUUGAAACGAGGCUAUCGCCAUCUUCAGCUGCGUAACCUCCACAAUGAAAUAUUGGAGAUCUCUAGCUUAUUCAUAAACAGCAGAAGGAUGGAAGAAAAUCCCUCCGGCAGUACCAUGCCAGCCUCUUUGAUGUUUAAUACUGAAGAGAGGAAGUGUUCUCAGACUCACAGAGUCACAGUGCAUGGUGUUCCAGGUCCAGAGCCCUUUGCUGUUUUCACUAUAAAUGGAGGCACCAAGGCAAAGCAGCUUCUCCAGCAGAUUCUGGUGAUUGACCAAGACACCAAACUUAGUGACUACUUUCUGAUGGAAGAGAAGUAUUUUAUAUCUAAGGAAAAGAAUGAAUGCAAGAAACAACCAUUCCAGAGAGCUGUGGGUCCAGAAGAAGAUAUCGUGCAGAUUUUAAACAGCUGGUUUCCAGAAGAAGGCUACGUGGGCAGGAUUGUCUUAAAGCCCCAACAGGAAACCCUAGAAGAGAAAAGCAUUGUCCAAGAUGACAAAGAAGUGAUCUUGAGCUCAGAGGAAGAGAGUUUCUUUGUCCAAGUUCAUGAUGUCUCUCCAGAGCAACCCCGAACUGUCAUCAAAGCCCCCCGGGUCAGCACUGCACAGGAUGUCAUUCAGCAGACCUUAUGCAAAGCCAAAUAUUCCUACAGCAUCCUGAACAACCCCAACCCAGGUGACUAUGUGCUUUUGGAAGAGGUGAUGAAAGACACACCCAAUAAGAAGUCUUCCACUCCCAAAUCCUCACAGAGGAUCCUUUUGGACCAAGAGUGUGUGUUUCAAGCCCAAAGCAAGUGGAAAGGUGCAGGGAAAUUCAUCCUCAAGCUGAAGGAGCAGGUUCAGGCAUCCAGGGAAGAUAAAAGGAGGGGCAUCUCCUUUGCAAGUGAACUCAAGAAACUCACUAAGUCCACUAAGCAGCCCCGAGGACUCACUUCACCUCCUCAGCUUGUGACCCCCGAAAGUGUCCAAAUCAAGGAGGAGAAGCCUAUGGGUGCCUUGUCCUCUGGUGACACAGCAGCUUACCAGCAGUGACUGGGGGCGGCCCAGCUGGACUAAGAUGAGGAUCCUUGGCGAGAUGCUCUGAAGGCUGAACAAGAUGGAAAGAAGUGUACUUUACUUCCAUCACAUUUAAACUGGAAAUUGAUUUCUGAACUGCCCUCUUCACACCUGAUGUGAGGCAAAUGCAGAGGACAAGCAAAAUAGCACAGGGCUGCCAACCGACUUCCUAAGGAAUAAAACAGGGACACCCAGGGCAUUGCACGGAUGUUACGGGUGGAAAAGCCAUGCCCUAAGCUUCAGGCAACAAGCUUCAUCUGCAAAGGGCCAGGCAGUGCACAUUUUAGGGUCCGGUCCAUAUGGCUUCUGUUGGCAUCGACUCAGCUCUACCACUGGAGUGCAAACGCAGCUGCCAAUAGGUACAAGAAUGAACAUGACUGAAUAAUAAAAUCUUAUUUAUGGACACAUAAAUUGGAAUUAAUAUCAUUUUCACAUGCCACAAACCUUUCAAGUGUUCCAACCACGUAAAAUUGUUAAAUCUAUUCUUAGUUUAAGGGUCAUACAAAAACCCAUGAAUUAGACCCAAAGACCAGUUUUGCUGACCCAACUUGGAGAACUGGGAAUCAGAGGCACAUAGGUUGGAAAACCUUGAAAACUGGUCAUAGGUUGAAUGAGAAGUGAAAUCUACAGGCAUUGGAAAUGUAAGUAUGUCCUGUAAGGUUUUUUAACAAUUACUCAAAUUAGUUCCUAUAUGUGUAGCAAGGUGCACUUACCCUAGGCUGCCUUUUUACAAAUAGAAAUGUUCUUUUUUUUCAAAAGCUAUUAUUCAUAUGUCCACAGAUUGUUCCAAUUUCAGUUCUCACAAAAUGAAUUUAGAAUGAUGUACAAUUUAGUAUCUUCUGGGUUGUGAUGUCUUACUAAGAAGCCUCAUCAUUUUUUAAAAGCAAAAGCAGACUGAGUUGAUGUCUAAGGUAGAUUUAUUUAUUUUGCAAUGUUUGUACUGACACUGUACUUAUGUAUUUAUUAGACAUAGCUAUCUCGAUAUUGCUAUGGGUUACAAGCAUUAGUGGUUCGAUCUAUUUCAAGACAUCCUAAAAUAAAACAUUUGAACAUGAGAAGUGGGCUAGACA